AUGAGGAAUAAAGGACGUUUGAUGCCGUCGACGGACAGUGGUGCACUUUCAGCAAACAGAGGGAGGAUCCACUCACCCCAACGCCCCCCUUUCCUCUCCUCGUCUUUCCCCCUUCUCGUCCCGUACCCCAUGACCUCAUCUAGAGAGACGUUCCACUCACCCCAACGCCCCCCUUUCCUCUCCUCGUCUUUCCCCCUUCUCGUCCCGUACCCCAUGACCUCAUCUAGAGAGACGUUCCACUCACCCCAACGCCCCCCUUUCCUCUCCUCGUCUUUCCCCCUUCUCGUCCCGUACCCCAUGACCUCAUCUAGAGAGACGUUCCACUCACCCCAACGCCCCCCUUUCCUCUCCUCGUCUUUCCCCCUUCUCGUCCCGUACCCCAUGACCUCAUCUAGAGAGACGUUCCACUCACCUGCCAAGCCCCCUUCCUCCCUUCUCCCCCAGCCUCCCUGUCUGGUAGCUCCAGUCCCCUCCUCCCUUCCCCAGCCUCCCUGUCUGGUAGCUCCAGUCCCCUCCUCCCUUCCCCAGCCUCCCUGUCUGGUAGCUCCAGUCCCCUCCUCCCUUCCUCAGCCUCCCUGUCUGGUAGCUCCAGUCCCCUCCUCCCUUCCCCAGCCUCCCUGUCUGGUAGCUCCAGUCCCCUACUCCCUUCCUCAGCCUCCCUGUCUGGUAGCUCUAGUCUCCUCGUCCCUUCCCCAGCCUCCCUGUCUGGUAGCUCCAGUCCCCUCCUCCCUUCCCCAGCCUCCCUGUCUGGUAGCUCCAGUCCACUCCUCCCUUCCCCAGCCUCCCUGUCUGGUAGCUCCAGUCCCCUCCUCCCUUCCCCAGCCUCCCUGUCUGGUAGCUCCAGUCCCCUCCUCCCUCCCCCAGCCUCCCUGUCUGGUAGCUCCAGUCUCCUCGUCCCUCCCCCAGCCUCCCUGUCUGGUAGCUUCAGUCUCCUCGUCCCUCCCCCAGCCCAGCCUCCCUGUCUGGUAGCUCCAGUCCCCUCGUCCCUCCCCCAGCCCAGCCUCCCUGUCUGGUAGCUCCAGUCCCCUCCUCCCUUCCCCAGUCUCCCUGUCUGGUAGCUCCAGUCCCCUCCUCCCUUCCCCAGUCUCCCUGUCUGGUAGCUCCAGUCCACUCCUCCCUUCCCCAGCCUCCCUGUCUGGUAGCUCCAGUCCCCUCCUCCCUUCCCCAGCCUCCCUGUCUGGUAGCUCCAGUCCCCUCCUCCCUUCCCCAGUCUCCCUGUCUGGUAGCUCCAGUCUCCUCGUCCCUCCCCCAGCCUCCCUGUCUGGUAGCUCCAGUCUCCUCGUCCCUCCCCCAGCCCAGCCUCCCUGUCUGGUAGCUCCAGUCCCCUCGUCCCUCCCCCAGCCCAGCCUCCCUGUCUGGUAGCUCCAGUCUCCUCAUCCCUCCCCAGCCCAGCCUCCCUGUCUGGUAGCUCCAGUCUCCUCGUCCCUCCCCCAGCCCAGCCUCCCUGUCUGGUAGCUCCAGUCUCCUCGUCCCUCCCCCAGCCCAGCCUCCCUGUCUGGUAGCUCCAGUCUCCUCGUCCCUCCCCCAGCCCAGCCUCCCUGUCUGGUAGCUCCAGUCUCCUCAUCCCUCCCCCAGCCCAGCCUCCCUGUCUGGUAGCUCCAGUCCCCUCGUCCCUCCCCCAGCCCAGCCUCCCUGUCUGGUAGCUCCAGUCUCCUCGUCCCUCCCCAGCCCAGCCUCCCUGUCUGGUAGCUCCAGUCUCCUCGUCCCUCCCCCAGCCCAGCCUCCCUGUCUGGUAGCUCCAGUCCCCUCGUCCCUCCCCCAGCCCAGCCUCCCUGUCUGGUAGCUCCAGUUUUGCUCCAGAUACAACCACAGAGGUGCUUUUGUGCGGAACACAGAAAACCAAAGGUGCUACAAAAAAAGUGCAUUUUUAUAAACUGUAAUUAUUAUUAUUAUUUUGUACAAUACUGUUCUCUUUCUGAGUCCACUCAUCAAAAAAAAAUCAUGCAUGUGUACCAAGACUCUUAAUAAAAUGUUUUAAUAAUGUUAUAAUAAAUACAUGUUAGUAAUACUAUAUAGAAAAUACAUUUGCAAUAAAUAUAUUUGUUUGUUUUAAAUGUCUGUUGAGAAACAAAUUGGUAAGUAUAGUAAGUAGUCCUACGUUGUCAUUGUUUUUGGAAUACAAUGCAGUUGAAUACAAAUCUUCUCUAUUUUGUAAUUAUGAAGAAUCUCCUUUUGUAAAUAUUGGCCGUUAUAAAGCACUUAAAGCAUUAUUCUCCCCCUCCAAGACUCUAAUCUACUCUACAGUGAAGGGUUAUACACAUAAUAGGCCUAUAUAUAUAUAUAUAUAUAUGGUUUAGUAUAUAUAUAUAUAUGUAGUCCUUCUGUAGCUCAGUUGGUAGAGCAUGGCGCUUGUAACGCCAGGGUAGUGGGUUCGAUUCCCGGGACCACCCAUACGUAGAAUGUAUGCACACAUGACUGUAAGUCGCUUUGGAUAAAAGCAUCUGCUAAAUGGCAUAUAUUAUAUAUGGUUACUAAGGGUUACUAAACCAAAUUGAACAACAACAAUCAACUCAAAGUGAGCUCUCUAAACAGGACUUGUUCUUUAAAACUAUUAAGUCUAGUUUUUUUCUUUCUUAUUUGUGCCCGCUAAAUCAAGAAGUUGCUAAAUAAAAAUGAGUAAUGUAAAAAUGUCCACAAAGCCAAUAGGUAUUGUCCUCUCAACUGAAGCUUCUUCUGCCAGAUAGAUAUGAUCCCACAGAAUGGUAUACCUCAAUCGCUCUACGAACAUCAAGUUGAGAUUCUAUAGGAGGGAUGACAAACCUUGAUGUAUAUACAAUUAAGUUAUAUAUUUAUAGUUAUAUACAAUUAAGUUUACAUAUUUGGGUGAGGAAAAUAAACAUACCUAUUUGUGUAGGUUCUUCAUGUCCAAUUCCUAACCGUCUGUGAAUGAUGCCAAGUAAAUGAGCUCUUUAUACAGUUCAUCUGUUUCCCUGUAACAGUACUGAGGUAAUGUUUUCCUGUAACAGUACUGAGGUAAUGUUUUCCUGUAACAGUACUGAGGUAAUGUUUUCCUGUAACAGUACUGAGGUAAUGUUUUCCUGUAACAGUACUGAGGUAAUGUUUUCCUGUAACAGUACUGAGGUAAUGUUUUCCUGUAACAGUACUGAGGUAAUGUUUUCCUGUAACAGUACUGAGGUAAUGGUUUCCUGUAACAGUACUGAGGUAAUGUUUUCCUGUGCUUUUGAUGGUUGAUUCAUAUUAAAACUGGAUUCUGAACAAUG